UUUCAGACAGUAACGUCGGGGCGACCGCAGGGAAAACACACGUGUCGCGUGAGCGGAAUUAUCGCUACGUUUUCGAGUUGUGUUAUCACGUUCGUGAAAACAAAGAAAAACUAUAUGAACUUUAAUAACAAAACGGGAAGAUAGGAACGGUUUGGGAACGUUAGUGGAGAAGAUCGAUUAAUUGAUUGAUUGAAAAUUAUAUUAAUUUACGCUAUAUAAAAUAGUUCGAAGUCGUAACGAAAAGAAAAUAUAUAUAUAUAUAUAUAUAUAUAUAUAUAUAUGUAUGUAUGUAGUAUGUAUGUAUGUAUAUACACUCGUGCCGUGUGAAAUUUAUUUUUAUUUAUUUAUUUAUUUAUAAUGUUAAUUAAUUCAUCAAUUUAUUAAUUUAUUCAAGUUUUCCUUUACCAUUAUUAUGUAUUUUCGUUAUAUAAUAACAGUCGAAGGUCUCUCGCGUUCAAAGAACUUUCGAUCGAUCUCUUAAAGAAAGAUAAACAGAGUUGUACGUAUGUUCGAAACGUUAAGACGAGUAAGAUCGCUGUUUACACGUACCAAGCCGCGUGACAAAUAUUGUCUUUCCACGUUUGACAUGUCAAAGCGUUUCGAGCGUUAAAUUUGAUUCUACCGUAUCUCAAAGUUCGUAUAAAAUCCAAACGAUUUCUAUCGCAAACGUAGGUAAUUUAUCUCUCGUUCAAAUAAAUAUUUCGUUAAUGUUUCUCGGUGGACAGUGAACAAUGAGUUCGAUAUGAGCUCAUAAUAUUAUAAUUGGAAACGUACAUGUGUGUAUGUCCUUGGAAUACAAUAGAAUUUGUUUUCGUUACGUCUCGAUCAUUGACAAAGAAAUUUAACGAAAACAUAUUGACGACAAGGAGAACGAUUUUAAAUUAGACGAAAGGACGAUUCAGUCAUUUCAAAUACGAUGCUAGUUAAGGAAAGUUUCGUUAUGAGAAGGACAAAAAUAGUAACAAUAACAACGACCACGACGAUUACCAAUACGUCGAAAGUGUACGAGAAACGAAAACGAUGAAAAUCUUGUUGGAAAAUUGUUACAAUCGCUAAAAGAAAAAAGCAAGGAAAAGUAAAAUAAAUUUCAUAUAUUUUAUUCGAUAUUAAAAAAAGAAGAAGAGUUAUAGUCGUAUCUAUCUAAAUAAUAUUUGAAUGUUUGAAAUAAUCUGAGUAUGGCGCCGGAGAGUACAUUGGCUCUGUUUGCGUUCGUUAAUCUAUUCAAUUGAAUAACGUAUUAAUACGCCGGGGUCAUCGCGAAGGGUUAAUCGCAAUGUCCACGCCGGACACGAUGGAUACCAUCGACGAGGCGGAGCAAGCUUGGCGUGAGUACCGAGAAUACGUGCAUAGUAUUGAAAUAUUUUCUUCGAUAUACGACAUUGAGAUAUCUUUUAAAGACGAGAUGUUAGAAUGCGAGACUGGAUCCUUGUUGGGUCGAGUCGCAGACCUCGAAAGGCAAUCCUUGGCGCAAAGAGACGAGAUAGUUUGUCUUCGUGCUACUUUGGCGGACGCGUUAAGGCGAAUCUCUCAGCUCGAAGGACGAGAGAAGAGAGAGGAGGAAAGAAAUGAGAGGAGAAACGAAAGGAUGGUAUCAUCGCCAUUAAGGAACGGCCAUGUUUCUCUUAGAAAUAAUCAAAACUCGGUGCCUCAAAAAGAUUUGCGUUUACGUCAAAGCGGUGGUACCAACGUUAGAAAUUCGUCAUGCUCGUCGUCUCAGGAUAUUCAGGAUGCGAACUCGAGUCCUAGACGACCGGUUAGUUAUUCGCAUUCUUCGCAACUGCCACAAAGAAGAUCGGUUCAUUAUCAGUCAACGGGAUCGUUACAUUCGGAUAGUCCUAGCAGUAGUAGCGUUUCACCGGUGCCAUCGCCAAGUCCACGAGCCACACCAUUACCAAUAGCCAGGUCACCCACAACAAGGUCAAAUGGUCCACCACAGAGUAGCUUGCGAAGAGCAAAAAGGUGGUCCUCAACUGGCGACUUUACGCAUUCUCCGCAAAAUCAAGGAAGCAACUCUCAACUAGUUGGUGCUAGAUUGUCGGCAUCCACCAAGUCCCUGUUCAACCUCUUCAAGCCCGCGGUGCUGAACAACGUCAAACACGGUACCAGAGACAUGCAGUACAAUGAGGAGGAAGGUACCGUCCGUAUGUACCUGCGAGGACGACCAGUCGUCCUUUACGUUCCAACACCUAUGAUCGAUCAUUACGAUCUUCAUAAAGUAACAACACCACCCCAAAGUAAACUCAAAUUGGAUUGGGUCUAUGGAUAUCGAGGGAGAGAUUGUCGUAGCAAUUUACAUCUAUUGCCAACUGGCGAGAUCGUUUACUUCGUUGCUGCGGUGGUUGUACUUUAUAAUAUGGAAGAACAUAGUCAGAGACAUUAUUUGGGUCACACGGACGAUGUCAAAUGCAUCGCGAUACACCCAAAUAAACUGGUAGUUGCAACUGGACAAACAUGUGGCCUGGAUCGACGUGACGCGUUGCCACACAUCAGAAUAUGGAACUCAGUAAGCUUGGCUACAUUGAGCGUAAUUGGUAAUGGAGAGUUUGACGGAUCGAUUUGUUGUUUGUCAUUCUCGAAAGCUGACGGUGGUAAUUAUUUAUGUGCCAUCGACGAAACGUCCGAUCAUAAUAUAUCGAUUUGGGAUUGGCAAAAAAGCGAUAAAGGAACUAAAUUAACCGAGACGAAGUGCUCCGUCGACACGGUUGUUUGCGCUGAAUGGCAUCCUCUCGAACGAAAUCAAAUCGUCUCCUGUGGUAAAGGUCACGUAUCUUUCUGGUCCUUGGACAAUGGUGGUAUGCUGUAUAAAAGAAUGGGUAUAUUCGAAAGUAGAGAGAAACCCAGAUACGUCACGUGUGUCGCUUUCAAUCAAAAUGGAGAUGUACUUACCGGUGACAGUAAUGGCAAUAUCAUUGUUUGGGCAAGAGGCACCAACACUAUCUUCAGAUUGGUUAGAAAUCUUCAUGAAGGAUCGAUAUUUUCUAUAUGUGUUCUGAAGAAUGGAAAUGUUAUUACCGGAGGAGGAAAAGAUGGCAGAAUAUUGCUUUUUGAUGGAUCUUUAAAUCCGACAGGAGAAGCAGCACAAAUCGAGGAUCAUUUUGGUGGAAUUCGUACUUUAUCAGAAGGCAGAGGAUCACAAUUAUUGGUUGGCACGACAAAAAAUUGUAUUCUUAUUGGAGACAUAGAAAUGGGAUUCAAUCCAACGAUGUUAGGACAUACUGAAGAAGUUUGGGGAUUGGCAGCUCAUCCUACAUUGCCUCAAUUCGCAACCGCAGGUCAUGAUAGAUUGUUACAAAUGUGGGAUAGUCUCAGUCAUACAGUGGUAUGGAGUAAAGAUAUAGGGGAACAAGCACAAAGCAUUGGUUUCUCUCCUGAUGGUACCGUUAUGGUGGUUGGCUGUGUAUCUGGAAAAUGGUUGGCCAUUGAUAGCGAGACCCGUGAAUUAUAUACUCACCAUACGGAUGGAUCAGAGCCGAUUCAAGUGGUCACAUUCUCCCCAAGUGGAAAUCUUCUUGCGCUUGGUUCACGAGAUAAUUAUAUUUAUGUUUAUCAAGUAAAUGAGGAUGCUACUAAAUAUAGUAGAGUGGGCAGAUGUAUGGGACAUUCAAGUUUUAUAACUCAUUUGGAUUGGUCAGUGGAUGGACAAUACUUGCGUAGCAACAGUGGAGAUUAUGAACUUUUAUUUUGGAAUCCUGGUAUUUGUCGUCAAAUAUCUCAGUCCUCCAUUUUUAGAGAUGUCGAUUGGGCAACUCAUACCUGCAUAAUAUCUUUCGAGACUAUUGGUAUUUGGCCAGAAGGUGCAGAUGGUACGGAUAUAAAUAAUUGCAGCCGCAGUGGAGAUGGAAAACUUCUUGCUACAGGAGAUGACUUUGGAAAAGUCAAAUUAUUUUCGCAUCCUGCGUGUCAACCAAAGUCAUUAUAUCAUAGCUAUGGUGGUCACUCCAGUCAUGUGACAAAUGUAUCGUUCCUUCAAGAUGAUACUAGACUGGUGUCAACGGGCGGAAAUGACACUAGUGUUCUUCAAUGGGUAGUAAAUUAACUUAUGAUUUAGAACAAACAAAAGAUAACGUCUGUUCUAAUGAAUAGGACAUAUUAUUUUUACAUAUAUUUUCAAAGUGCACUUUGUCAACACGUAGCGAGCUUAUUUGUAAAAUAACAUGAACGAGAGAGUAAUGAAAAUGUUAUUAUUAUUGCAAAAGCGAUUUGUGAUUAACGAAAUGGUACGAUAAAUGGCACGUACACUUAACAUGGAAAGAGAUACAUAUAUUAUUAAUGAAUUAAGGAGUGUGGCAAUUUUAUGAUUACUCUCUUUUCUGUAGCACAUUAAAUAUAUUAAUGUUUCAAUGUUUGUCAAAAAUCCAAAAUUUAACUCGUGGACAUUCCUUGUAUGGUUGAAUAUUAUGUAAUUGUCGUUUGACGAAUGUUAACCGAUCUGUAUAUGUACUUUAUAUUUCUAUGCAUUAUAAUAUACGUCAAGUUGCAUUGUUCCUAAUGAUGUAGGAGACGAUUGAUAAUCCAAAGAGAAAAAGGAAAAGAUAUGGAAUGUCCUUAUUAAAAGGAAAGAAUAAGUUCAAACUCGUAGAAGCUCGUAACGUAAAAUAUACCGCGCAUACUAUAUUACGCCGUCCAUUAGAAAGUAUAUUGUACAAUUUGCGAUUUGAAUUCGUAUUUGUACUUUCAAGCGCAGGGUUUUUGGAUCUAAUCUGUGCAAGUCAAAUUCAUUGAUUGAUUAUUUUUAUUACUAUUCUUAUUAUUAAUAUUAUUAUUAUUAUUAUUAUUAUUAUUAUUAUUAUUACUAUUAUUAUUAUUAUUAUUAUUAUUAUUAUUAUUUUAUAUUGAUCAAUUAUUUCAUCACAAUUGGAAUAAGACAUGACUUGCACUGUAUUUGUUCAACUCAGAAUGUUUACGUAAGAAUUUAGUUGCAAGUAUCUGCCAUUGAUAUACUUUUUGACGAUAAUAUCAUGUGCAAGUAAAAUGCAAAAAAAAAAGAGAAACAAGAAUAUCUUUCUAUCUGUAUAUUCUUAUAACAAAGUGUACAUACAGUAAGACCUUCUAAAGAAGUCUACGCUUUUUGACCUUCUUUUGGCAUUUUGUAUAAUUUUUUGGACCGAACUCUUUUACCAAAGUCUAAGAAUGAAAGAUACAAAAUCUAAGAAAGCAUGGAGAAUCAAUCUAUUUUCACUCAUUGUCACCUUGUAAGAUAUAUCUCUAUUUUAUUUAUAUUACACCACAAAUGCAUACACAUAUAUGUAACAUUUAACGUAUAAUAAAUGCUCCCUAAGGCAAUAUUUUCUUUA